AUGUCUGAACGGAAGUCUUACUACAAAUAUGUCCCCUCUGUUGCUGCAGCGGGCAUAUUUGUCGCAUUGUUCGCAGCAUUGGCUGUAUUCCACCUCUUCAAAACGCUGAAGACCCGAACGUGGUUUUGCAUCCCCCUUGUGGUGGGGGCAAUCUUUGAAAUUAUCGGCUUCUUUUGUCGCGCUCUGGGUAAAUCCAAACCCGACGUACUCCUACCUUACAUCAUUCAAAGCCUGUUCGUCUUGCUCGCACCGAUUCUUUUCGCCGCUUCAGUAUACAUGUUCCUCGCCCGCAUCAUUCGAGCCACGGACACUUCCGAUUACUCGAUUAUUCGCAUCAACUGGGUCACGAAGAUCUUUGUUGGAGGUGACAUACUUUGUUUUCUCGUUCAAGCUGCAGGGGGUGGUAUCCUCGCAGGCAGCGAUGACAAGUCGACUGCGAUUUGGCACGUGCGGAUGAAGCGUCAUGAUGACAAGGCAUGCACGUUUAGGUCAUUCGAUUGGCUGGCAUACUUGCAAAUGCUGUAUAUCGUCAGUAUCCUCAUCACAGUGAGGAAUUUGUUCAGAGUUGUCGAGUACGCCAUGGGACCCGAUGCAUAUUUCCUCGCGAACGAGUGGCCUAUUUACGUAUUCGACGCUUCGCUGAUGGUGAUUGUCCUCAUCAUCUGCGCUAGGUGCUCAUACUACACCCGUGCUGUCGCAAAAUACACACCAAACGCCACUACCCAGCACCCGCGACUUCUGCCCACGCUCGCAAACGCGCCGAAACCUCGCGAAAGCUCGCACUGUCCACAGUACAUACACACAAUGUCAUACUUUCGGAUAACACUCAUGCGCUCCGGCAUUGGUAUGCCUGAGAAGACGCAAGGAGUACUCAAAGCGCUCGGUCUCCGCAAGCGUAUGACGACCGUCUACCACCCCGUUACACAGUCCGUUGCCGGUCAAAUCAUGAGGAUAAAAGAAUUGGUCGAUGUCAAGGAAGUCAAGAACCCGAUGACUAAGGAGCAAAUGCGCGCUGCGAGGAGACCGGAUCCGGGAUACUAUAUCGAACAGAGGGCGGGGGAGGCUAUGAGGGGAAAAGUCAUGACCUUAGAAGACGAUGAUUGUUUUACAGUCAACACCAGUCUCCAUGACGCCCUGAUGGCACUUCGCGAAUGGGACAAAGUCAUUCUUGUUUGGAUAGACGGCCUCUCCAUUGAUCAAGGCAACGAAGUCGAACGUGCUUCACAGAUUCAGUUGAUGGAUCAAAUCUAUAAGAAAGCAGUAUAUGUUGCCAUAUGGCUUGGGCUUGAAAUGGACAAUAGUGAGCAGGUAUUACGGCUGUUGAGCGGAGAUAGACAUGGACGUUCGAUCAGCGAAUGUGUCGAAUUAGGAGACUACAACGACCGAAAUGCUUUGCGUUCUCUCUUCAAGAGAGAUUAUUGGAACCGACUUUGGGUGGUGCAAGAGGUUUAUCAUGCACGAAGCAAGACUGUUUACUGCGGCUCUUCCAAACUCCCCUGGGACAUCUACAAGGAAGCUUCAGAUGCUCUUUGGCAACAUGAAAGCGACCCUUACCUCCGCACGGGUCCAAGUAGUUUCCCAGACAUUGAGUAUCUUUCGGCGCUAGGCUCGGACUCUCUUCUGGAAAUCUUGCGAGCUUGUCGCAAGAAGCUUAGCGAGAACCCCCGGGACAAGAUCUUCGGCGUGCUAGGCAUACUCCCAAACGACAUGCGUCAACGCCUACAGGUGAGAUAUGACAAAUCUGUCAAAUCUCUGUACCUGAACGUUGCUCAAGUGAUUAUCUCUUCCACAGGUCAUCUUGACGUAAUACGCGAAGCGAUCCACUUCCCUACUCAAAUAAGCUCUACCAAUUUACCUACAUGGUGUCCAGAUUGGUCGCAAGUACCAGAAACUUCGGCCCUGCGAGAGGACAACUUCUGUGCCGCAGGCGACAGCAGCGCCCAAUACAAGUUCAAAGACAAAUUACGGAGACUUGAGGUCAACGCGAUUCAGUUGGGCGUGAUUGAAAGGACUGGCAUCGCUGUGGGUACUCUAUGCUCAUUGCAAGACUAUCUCAUGGCCUUUAUGAACUGGCGGAUGCUGUUUCUCUCCUUCUUUGACAUUGCAGAACAUGAAGAAGCACAUCAUCCGUUCGUUGAUGACUUCUGUCGAACGCUCUCGUUGGGACAAUCGCCCAAGGGGAAAGAGCAACACUGGACGAAAGCUUGUUACCAGGUCUUCUCUUCGUUGAUUCAGGAGCGAUUUCCACGUCUUCGGCUGGAUUGGGAGUUCCAACGACACGGAAAUCCAGGUAUGUGGGACCAGUAUGAGUUGAGACAGUUUAUACAAAAGCAUUUUGGUGAUCGAAUGAUGGGCAGAACUUUCUGCAUCACGGAGAAUGGAUUGAUGGGCAUGGGCACCGGCUUCAUGAGCCGCGAAGACAUCGUUGUGGUGCCAUUCGGCUGUUCAACCCCCAUCUUGCUUCGUGCGGAAGGUCAACAUAACGAGUUUCGUUAUGUCGGUGACAUAUAUAUUCAUGGUUACAUGCACGGCGAAGCCCUGGAUAGCGGCAAGCCAGUCAAGACGUACACGCUGCACUAG